CUCCUAUAAGAACAUGAUCGCAGGCACUGCAUGUGUGAGAGACUCCAGUGUUCCUAAAGUUACAGUGGAAUAUAUCACACAGGUUCACAAUGCUCGGCAUCUGCUUGUGUUUGAGUGUUGUUGUACACUUAGCAGUGUCUCAGGAGGCAGAGGAGCCAAUCACAUACACGUGCACUGAAGGUUAUGAAUUUGACAUUGAGAAACAAAGCUGCAAAGACAUAGAUGAGUGCAAGACAGUUCAAGAAGCCUGCAAAGGGGGCAUGAAAUGCAUUAACCAUUUUGGAGGAUACCUCUGCCUGCCCCACAAUGCUCGGAUAUUUGUCAGUAAUGGCGAGGAUGAGCCUACUACUGCCCCACCAGUGGCAACAGGUGCUAGAGGAGUUGCUCUGCCUGUUAUACCUGCCAGAAGCGAUUACUCAAGAGUCUAUCAAAGUUCAUCACAUUCAAUCCAGUGUGGUGUUGGUUUUAUGCCAGACUCUCAGAACUACUGCAGAGAUGUGAAUGAAUGUGCUAAUGCAAAUCCUUGCCAGCAACAGUGCUACAAUCUGAUUGGCUCUUUCAUCUGCCAGUGUGAUGUUGGAUUUGAAUUGACUUCAGAUACGGUCUCCUGCCAAGAUGUUGACGAGUGUGAAUUCUCUAACUACAUGUGCCAGUUCCAAUGUGUGAAUCAGCCUGGCGGAUAUAGCUGUGUGUGCCCUGAGGGAUACCAGAUCCAAGCGACACGGAUGUGCCAAGAUAUUAACGAGUGUGAAACGGCACACAACUGCAGAGAUGAUGAAAUGUGUUGGAAUUACUAUGGAGGAUUCCGUUGCUAUCCCAAAAACCCCUGUAGUGAGCCAUACGUAAAAACAGGCGAAGGUCGCUGUAGGUGCCAGUCGCCAAGUGUUUGCCGGGGACUGCCUCCGGUCAUUGUCUACAAGUACAUGAGCAUCUUUUCUGAUCGCUCAGUUCCUGCGGAUAUCUUCCAGAUUCAAGCUACUAGUGUGUACCCCAACAUGGUAAACACUUUCACGAUCAAAUCCGGCAAUGAGGGAGGAGAAUUCUACCUGAGGCGUUCCAGUAAUGUAAGUGCCAUGCUAGUAAUGACCAAGCCUUUGAGUGGACCGAGAGAACAUAUUGUGGAUUUGGAGAUGGUCACCCAGAGCAAUGUCUUGAGUUACCGUUCAAGCUCACUGCUAAGACUCACCAUUAUUGUGGGUCCAUACCCUUUUUAAACCAUCUAGAUAAGCCAAAUCAGCGCCUUGGUUUUAUCUUUGUACUAUAGCUUACUAUAUUUAAAGUGUUCAACACAGCAUGGUUGCCUAAAUGUGAUCUAGAUCAGUGGUUCUCAACUGGUGGGUCGCGACCCAAAAAUUGGUUGCAGGUCUCUGGAGGAGAAAACACGUUCAUAUCUUUUGUUACUGAUGAUCAUAGGCUGUGCGUCCAUUCAAACUCUAGAAUGUUUCACUGCAAAUUCAUGUCUCACAUGGUUGAAGCUAGCCAAAUUAGGCAGAUGACAACAUGGACAGGUAGUGUGACAUGCCCUCAUUCUCAAAACCUAUGAACAAAACUACACAAGAUAAAAGAAGAUACAGCCCAUACUGCAUUAAAUAACAGUCCAUUUGCAGAAGCCUAUUAUUAAAAUUCAGUAUGCUGUUAAGGAUGUUUUGGGACAGUGUUAGAUUUCCAUUGGAUGUCCUAUGUAAAAUCUGGGUCCUAAAGCAAAACCGGUUGAGAACUACUGGUCUAUAUAGUAUAGAAAGUUGCAUAAUUAUUAGUUUCUAAAAGGAUUUGGUUUACCAAACAUAAAAAGUUGGUUGUCUGGGAUCUACUGAAGUUUUCCAAUAAUGUGUACUAUUGAAAAUGGAAGACAAACAUUAUUUGUCUUAGUAGUAAGAGGUUUGCAAGAUUCUGCUGUAUGGAAACUUGUCAGUUUUUAAAGGGAUGGUUUACCCAAAAAUGAAAAAUCAUUUACUUACCGUCAUGGUGUUCAAACUAUAUGACUUUCUUUCUUCCAUACAACACAAAAGGAGACGUUUAGCAGAAUAUUCUUGCUUCUCUUUUCAUAAAUGGGUAUCUGGGGGUAUGCAAUAAAAAAAAUCCAGCCUGGUCUCAUGAAUUUAUGUGACCAUGGCCAAAUUUUUGCAAAACAAAUUUACGUACCUUAUUAUACGUUUGGCUGCAGUUUGCCAGUGAAGUGUCCAGUGGGGGGCGCCAUAAGCGAGUGAAAUGGUGUCGUAAUCAGACAAGGUGUUUUAGGUGACAAUUAAAUGGAGUAUAUUAAUGAGUAAAAUGUAUCUCACCAACCUAAAACUUUAACCUAAACCUAACCAACAGUGAUCUAAAAUCAAAAAGAGAAAUGAAAAGCACAUUUUCUGAAGCAACCACAUGUUUUGAUGUCAUAACAACAGCGUGUGAGUGACAGAACGAAGAAUAAGUGUUUAUAAAAUCAUUAUCAGCAAUUGUAGUCGUGAUUUGUGUGAACGUGAAUAAAGCGCACAGUUGUGGCAGCGCCUCUAGUGUUCAUUUCACCAGGAUACUGAGACGAAAUGCAGAAUGCGAUACGUAAAAGUCAGUCUGCAAAAAUGUAGUUAUAGUAACAUUCAAUCUAUGAGACUACGUUAAAAAAUCGUAUUGCAAAUUUGUGUUUAUAGAUGAAAGCGCCAGAUAUUUAUUUAUUCCUUUUUUAAAAUGUAUUCUUUAUUCACCUCCCUGAUUUCUGUGCUGUUCUCUCACCGGUACCAUUUUUACACACUGCACUCUGAUCAGUGUACAAACCAUGUUCAUCAGUCAGAAUGGCGAAUUAAAUCACAGAAUUCUGGAUAAAAAUAAUACUAAAAAUGCAACAUUGCAGUGGGUUAGAAACUGCUCAAACUCAUGUCGCGAUUUAAUUGCGUUUGCGAUUAGGUGCGCAGCCCCAGCGCUGUUGAACUCCAAAAAUAACAAAAACUACCAUAGAAGUAUAAUAAAAGUAUUCCAAAUGAUUAAUGAGAUUUGCAAGCUGUGGUUGAGAGUAAGAUUUUCAGUGAAUAACUGCUUAAAUUUUUGUCUAUUCCUCUCAGAAAGGCUUCAGAUGAUUUCUGUGGCACAUUUAUUGUGCUAUUUUGCCAUUUUCUAAGCUUGCCAGCUGCAUUCACAGUAAUCAUUUGGAAAAGAGCAACGUCAACACUCUGCUCGGUAGAAGAAAGAAAGUCAUGCAUGCUCGGAACAACAUUAGGAUGAGUAAAUUAUGACAGAAUGUUCACUUUUGGUGAACAAACCCUUUGAAUCUGUUGAUCCAUCAAAGCUUUACAUUUCUCCUUCAUGGAACCAUGUAAAUAACAGAACGCAGCUAUCGAAAGCAUUCAUAGAUUCAUUACUAGAACUCCCUUUACUUCUUAGCAGGGGGAAAAGUGUUUUAUAGGUGGAACAUGAGGAUAAAGCAAACAGAGCUCUGCAGAGUCUUAGGUGGAACAGUUUGUGUCGCAAUCUUAAGGCAUCCUGAGCUAAUGGAAAUAUCUGAAUGCGUCCUCCGCCUCACAAAUACUGCAGAAAUGACCUCCUAUCCUAUGAGAAUAAGGCAAUAAUGUUUUGGAAACAGAAGUGAUGUUUUCAGGAAAUUGCUGGCAAGGGUUUUGGGUCGCAUAAGCAAUGGAACUGUUGCCUAACAUGGCUGUAUGGUUGCCAGAGCGCCGUUUGAUCUGUGACAAACACUGUUACUUAAACUGUUGCGUCACGCCCUGUACCCCAAGAGAUGUGCUCAUGGGAGAGGCCCAAAUGGUUUGAGCACUACCACGUUGUAUGAAAUUAUUUUGGCAAGUGAAUUUUAUGUUGGCUACAUCAAGAUUUAAGUAUUUCAAUGCAAUAUGGAGGCUUACAGAGACAAUAUAUAUGUUGUCAUUAUGUAUUUUCCUAUGAUUGAUUUGCUGAAUUUGAUUCACGCAUGGUGAAUGCUCCGUCUUCAUUUUUCUCUUAUUGAGAUCAUAUUUGCUUAUACUGGUUUUCUCUCCUCCGCGAAGUCAAGACAUGUAUGAAGCAUGUCUGUUGAUCAUAUUUUUACCUUUGAUUAAAUAUAUUCUGUAUUUUCAGUCUGCUCUCAAGUUGCACUUUUUAUUUUUAUUUUUUAACUUGUCUUUUGUGCCACUUAUUCUGCUGUACAAUUUUUGGAAAUAAAAAUGAUUAUAACAAC